GCAAAAGCGGAGCUGUAGCCUGUCGAUCCGUCUCGCAUUCCAUGCUCAUUUGAUUGAAAUUGACGAAAUGAGAUCUCGAACGUGAAGCUUGGCGAUGGAAUGGAAAUGGAUUUGAAGAUAUAUAGAUGGUGAUUUCGGCUUGGAUUUGAUGAUGAAUUUUAAUAUUUGAAGAUAUAGUGUUUGUGUUUGAUUUUGGAAUCGAUUGUUUAUAUUUCUUGAAGAAGUCGAGGAAAUUUUGUGUUAUAUUAUACGGUAUAUUAUAUCUACGUAUAUACAGAGAGUCUACCUCGAGACAUAAGGGUUGCGAUAAAUCAUUGGAAAGAGCACAGAAAAGACAAAACCAAAAGAAAUCGACAAUUCAAUCACAAUGUCUACCUUCCCCCUCUUCAACUCUUUCCCCCCCGAAAUCCACAGUAUAAUCCUCGAACAAUGUCCCCCAACCGACCGUACCUGUCUCAGACUCACGUGUAAAUACCUCUACACUCUCUCACCCCCCGAAUACCCCGUUUCCCUCGACUAUUCCCCUACCCCCGAAGUCUUCUGCUCAAAACCUGAAGUAUCGCAUAUUUCCCCUGGUGUUCACAAACCGUGGCGCUUUCCCAUCCGCAAAUGUGGAUUAGGAGCACAACUAUGCCAUGAUCGUUCUCUCCACUACAUAAACAUUCUCCGCGCGGCGGAAAAUCUCCCCCCUCUAACAAGAAAAAAAUGUCAAGAUCAUUAUUGGGGUGAUCACUGUGAAUGUUUCUCUCGCUCGAAGAUGCUGCAUAAACAACUGCAGAAAUGGAUGCCGAAGGAUAUGAAAUAUUGUGGUGAAUGUAGUGUUUUCACCAAGAGGAGGAAGAGCAAAAAGUUUCGAUGUACACAUGGCCGCAAGAAACAAUAUAAUCGCAAUUCUCAUAUCAAAUCGAAUCUGUGGACAAAUCAUAAGGGACGCGGUGGUUAUUAUCAUAAGUUGUGGAAGAAAUGGUUCAACAACUCCGCCUUCGACAACAUGGAAGCUCGUCUCCGUCUCGGCAAGCGAGACUCCAAUCCGCGCUACAAUCUACGGAAAGAAUAUAUGCCUCGUGCUAGAUAUUUAGAUACGACUUGGUCAAGACAUGAGCGAGGAAGCUGGGUUUCAGUCUAGAGUUUGGCUGGGAGGAGUAUUGGUGUUGGUGUUGAUUUUGAUUAUGGGGGUUUGUAUUAUGAGGCGAAAGAGGAGUUUUGAUCCCAACGAAAGAAAGGGAAGCGGGAUGGAAGGAAGAAAGAAGAAAGAGA